AGAAAAAGUUCCAAAAAGCGAAUGCAGAUAAAUAGUUUGCCCAUAACCAUACUCUCAGAGACAAAAAGGGUAAGGGUAAGCCAAGAUAAUAUUUUUUAUUACAGAGUAUGGGCGUCUUUCCUGCUGCUAUCCUCCCAUUAUCAUCCGCAGAAGCAACUAACAACUAGAGAAAAUUAGGUUUUCUUUUAACAUCCAUGGCUUCCAUUGCCAUUUCUGCCUCGCUGCAAAGCGCUUGCAGCUCACAUCAUAUCACCAAGAAACAACAUCCUCAAGCCAGACCUGCACGCUCUCUGGGGUCAAAGCAGGUGACCCAUGUUCCUACUGCCCUCAGUGUUGAAGAUAAAAAGAAGUGUUUAAGCAUAAUUGAACGGCAGGAGAAUUCUCCUAAUGAUGGAUCAAACAAAGCUGAUGAUAAAUCAGACCAUGUUUCAGAAACAGAAUCAUCUGCUCCAAAAUUCGUCGAUGAGCGCUGGAAGAAGGGAACCUGGGAUCUGAAUAUGUUUGUCAAGGAUGGGAAGAUGGAUUGGGAUAGUCUGAUUGAAGCUGAAGCAAAGAGGAGAAAAUUUCUUGAACUGUACCCUGAAGCAUCUACGAAUGAAGAACCUGUGCUUUUUAGGAGCUCUGUCAUACCUUGGUGGGCAUUGUUCAAAAGAUCAUAUCUGCCAGAGGCAGAGCUAAUCAAUGGCAGAGCUGCAAUGGUGGGAUUCUUCAUGUCAAAUGUUGUGGAUGCAUUGACAGGGCUUGAUAUGGUUGGCCAGACGGGAAACUUUUUAUGCAAAGCAGGACUUUUUGUGACAGUCAUUAGCAUAAUAUUCUUUAGGCGAACAGAAGAUUUUGAGAACCUGAGAAAGCUGACUGAUGAAGCAACUUUGUAUGACAAGCAAUGGCAGGCAUCAUGGCAGGACCAGAAUGUAACAAACACCGGUGCCUCAGACAAAACAGGAAACUAAAUACAGUUGCAUUCUUCACAUAUAUGCAUUUGUAAGACUUUUUUCAAGCACCAUGGAUGCACUGUUAAAGAUUUAUGUUGAAGUUUUAGCUUGCCUCUUAAAAGUACUCUAAAACAGAAAAUUUAUAUUCCCCAAAAUGAAUAUUUUUCAAGUUAAAAAAUUUUAAAAUUUUUUAAAUGAUCUUAUCCAUUCUCUUACUUUAUUUUCAUUUUCUCUGCCAUUCACAUGUAUAAGGAGGAAAGAAAAUGAAGCAAAGAAAAUAAGAUCAAUGAGCUGAUAAAGGAAACGAACAGAAAAAGCUGCAGGAAUGACUAAUGGGGACAGGAUUUACCAUUUUAUUAGAUGAUCAUGGGUGGAUUCACCAUGGGGGCAAUUGCCCCACAAGAUUUUUCAUUGUAAUUACAUAAUUUUUUUAA